AUGGAGUCGCUGCUCUUCUUGGUUCUCUUCUUGCAAGUCCAGGGCCCAAGGACUGGGACGUAUGCCUCUGAGCUGGACCCCAAUGGGAAACAUGUCUGCGGCCACACCCACGUUCUCACCUGUUGCUCUGGCUGGAAGCAAGAAGGCCGAGAGUGCACAGUGGCCGUUUGCGAAGGAGACUCUGCGUGCCAAGAAGAGGAAGUAUGCGUGGGACCUGGUCUUUGCCGUUGCAAGCCUGGCUUCUUUGGGGCCAACUGUAUUACACGUUGCCCUGAUGAAUACUGGGCCCCCGACUGCAAAGAGCGCUGCCUUUGCUAUCCCUACGGGAAGUGUGAUCCAGCCAGUGGAGAGUGCACCUGUCACCCCGGCCGCUGGGGGGCGCUGUGCCAGUUUGCCUGCCAGUGUGGCCCCCAUGGCCACUGCAACCCCCUCACUGGAACCUGCCACUGCAAGCAAGGCUGGUGGGCGCCGGACUGCAAGAAGCAGUGCCAGUGCAACCUGGCCGGCUCUCGUUGUGACCCAGCGACUGGUCGCUGCCUCUGCGACCCUGGAUGGUGGGGCAGGAAGUGCUCCUCUCCCUGCCACUGCAACCAUUCACCCUGUGCCCAGGAGACUGGCCGAUGUGAGUGCAGGGCAGGGACGUGGGGGCCAUCCUGCCAGCAGCAGUGCCAGUGCUUGCAUGGGACCUGCAGCCCCCAAGACGGACAGUGCACAUGUGAUGCCGGCUACCAGGGCCAGAGGUGUACGGACCCCUGUCCUGCUGGGACCUUUGGGCUGCAGUGCAGAUACAGCUGCGGCCACUGCAAGCAGAGACAGCCUUGCUCUCCGGUAGAUGGAUUCUGCUUGGCCUGUGAUGCUGGCUGGAAUGGGACCCGCUGCAAUCAACUCUGCCUCCUGGGGCGCUAUGGGGAUAACUGUGCAGAGCUCUGCCCCCGCUGCUACCAAGGGGAGGCUUGUCACCCCCAAACGGGGGAAUGCCGGAACUGUGAACCAGGCUUCCGAGGCGCCAGGUGUGACUUGCCCUGUCCCCCCGGCUUGUUUGGGAAAGGCUGCCUCCUUGUCUGUCCAAGCUGCUUCAACGGGAGCUGUGAUCCAGUGUCUGGGGCGUGUGUGUGCCAGCCCGGGUACCGGGGCACUAGCUGCAACCAGACCUGCCCGGAUGGGUUUUAUGGGCCUAACUGCUCCGAGGUCUGCCAUUGCCCUGGGGGCCUGUGCCACCCAUCUUCUGGGGCCUGCCAGUGGAGAGGCAAGAGGCAAGAAGUCCUUCUAGCGGGCAUCCUGACCCCACUGCUGCUGCUCCUCCUGCUCUGCAUCUGCUGCUGCUUCUGCUGCCGAUCAGCUCCAAUGGCCACCAAUGACAGGGUGGCCGCUGCAGAUGGGGACCCAGUCUCCCAGGUGAAGCACCAUGUGCAGGGGGCGCUGGCUAACCUCCACUCCACCUUCCCCUGCUUCUCUUUGGGGGGCUACAAGCUUCCACGGGUGACAGUCUCCCACCACGAUGCAGAGAUCCCCUUCACCCCCAGCUUCCUGGAGCCCCCUUCCGCUGCCUGGCCCAUGGACAGCUCCUUCUCCGACACAGAUGAGGAUGAAGCACCGGCCUGCCACCUCCCUACCGAUGCAGUUCCAGACUCUGGGGCACAGCCGGGCGUCCUCCCCGAAGUGUCAGCCUUGAACCUGGAACCCUUUGCCAUCCCUCGCACGUCCAGCAUUGCCAAGGCCAAGCGACCCUCCGUGUCCUUUGCCGAAGGCACCUGCUUCGUCCCUCAGAGUCUCCGAGGCUCUGCAGAAACCGUCCACCUCGCCCAGAAGCCAAAGGCGGCCUGGGGCUUCCCCCAAGUUCCCUUGCUUCACCAGGGUGGUGAAAAGGACCCUCCGCCAGAGUGCUGUUAUGAGAACGUGGAGGCCGGCUCGUGGACGGAGGAGGGCCACAAGCCCUCUCCGCGGAGCACCCCAGGCGGCCCCAGGAAACGGGUCUCCGGCUCCCGGCACGUGGCCCAGCGGGUGGAAGCUCUGGAGGCAGCUCUGUCUGCUCAGGGCAAAGAGCCAGGUCUCACUACCAUUUAUGUGACGGUGGGCAAAGGGGACGGGAGGGGCAGAGGGCCAGAGCAACAGCCGGGGAGCCUGCCGAGGGAGGGGCCCAAGCUCGGGCGGGGCACGGAGGGCCUCCAGGUGCCCCCCAAGAGGACCUCAGACUCAGACCAAAGUACUAAGGGGCAGCCCUCCCAAGGCAAGCCUGACCUAGAAUCCAAGUCCCCUGAGGCCCAGGGCCUUCUGGGAAGCCUGCCGGCUCCUACCUGCGAGGAGGCUGGACAGAAUCAGCGUCACGGCCAAAGCCACGGCCAGCCAGAGGCGGAAGCUGGAGGAGAUGCUUCCAUGGAGGAGUCCCGGGAGCCGAAGUAUGAGAACGUCUCUGGGUUGAUUCAUCUCCCCAUAGCUACCUAA